GUGAAAUUUUUGAUUGUUUUUAGCUAAAAAUUUCGGAAUUUAAAUAUCUUUGAAUGAUGGUUAUUAGUUAUAACUUAUUACUCGACCAAUUUAAAACCCUGCAAUUAUCUGUAGAACCAACCUUUUAAAGUUUGAAGUGUUUACAUAAUUUUUUAUGGGGUGUGUAUGCUGCUGUCAGUGUUAUUGAUUUGUUAUAAUUUACAAAAGAUCUUGCACAAAGGUGUUGCAAAUGUGCUUUUUUAAAUUAAAAAUAUGAAAAAAGUACUCUGAUAAACUGUGGUGAUAAUGUGAUCAAAAUGAAAAUGAAAACUAAAAGCUUUUUGCUGUUUUCUACAUCAGUGUUUGCUAUAAGUCUGUUUCUGAUAAUUUUCCACUCACAGCCACCACAGUCGUUUCAAAGCAUUGUCACGCAAACCCAUCAACAUAUCAAGGACUUUCAGGUUUCUCUGUCCCAGGAACAGCUUCGCGAUGAAGAAGAACAGCACCUGGUCCAGGAGGAACGCUAUCUCCGCCUUGUGGGUCUGGAGGGUCCAACUGAAGUCUGGCAUAACACCACAGUGCCUGUGUUGAUAACACAUGCAAGGAAUGACGACCAUGCACUGGUUAUAGCAUUCAUACAUGAUAUGGCUCAUUUGCCAUAUACCAUACUUGUUUAUAACUUAGGAUUGAAGCCCUACUCACUGGCUAUGGUGUCAAACUACUGCAACUCUUCAAAGUGCGCCGUCGUAGACUUCGACCUGGAGUUGUUUCCCUCGCACGUGAGUGACGAGAGCAUAACCGCGUUUAGGCCGCUUAUCAUUCAGCACGCGCUGAGCCGGGUGGGCGGCGUGGUGUACUGCGCGCCGGCGCAGCGCUGGGCGGGCUCGGCGCGCGCGCUGGCGGCGCUGUGGGCGCGCGCGGGCGGCGCGGGCUCGCUGGGCGUGCUGGGCUGGGCGCGGCGCGCGGCCGUCACGUCGCUCACGCACCCGCGCAUGUUCCACUACCUGCGCGCCGACCCCGACGACUUCCUGUUCGUGCAGAUGCUGGACGUGGCGCGCCUGCUGCUGGCGCCGCGGCCCGCGCUGGGCGCGCUCAUGCGCCACUGGGUGCAGUGCGCGCUCACGCUGGACUGCAUCAUGCCCAUCGGCGCGCAGUCGGCGGGCUGCCGCUUCGACAAGAAGCCGCAGUACCGCUACUCGGGCUGCCACGGCCAGGACGCGUCGGCGCUCAGCAUCAUCCUGGGCGCGCGCUCGGGCUUCGACGAGGCGCGCUACGCCGUGCGCGGCGCGGCCGGCUGGCGGCGCGCGCCCGGCAACCGCACCCGCGACGAGCGCACCGAGCGCGCCGCCACCCCGCCCGCCGCGCGCGCCACCCGCGCCACCCGCGCCACCCGCGCCACCCGCGCCACCCGCGCCACCCGCGCCACCACCCGCGCCCGGACACCGCAAGUGUAG